AUGGAUGUGAAGGGUCAAACUUCAGACACCCUUAGUGCAAGAAAGGACAUGGCACGUGUUUGCAAACGCGGGGAACUGGAGCUUGUUGAUGAUGGAGAAGCGAACUUCUGCUCCAACUACUUUCAGCCCGGGGUUGACACAAAAUCAAGGGACUUAGGAAGAAAUGUCAAUCCUGAUGUCGCUAGCACACAUGGUCUUGGUGUCCCCGAGUUGUUCAGGGAAGACUGCGGUCGACCGGGAACAGAUGGACGUUUGCGAUGGUUGCAAGACAAGGAGUACGAUCGAGCACAUCUUUACGUACUUGCAAACAGUGGCAUCUUAAGUGAUUAUGAAAGGCGAUUCGAGGAUUAUAUUGUCAAUUCAAGACCGAACAUUGCUAAGGAUGAUGUGUGGAGCAAAUGCGAAGCCGAGUUCCCUAGUUGGUUCAAGACAAAUGUCCUUGGUGCCAUGACAAGUGACGAUGUCACUCGAGCUCUUGCUAUGGGUCCUUCCAGACAAGUGAGAAUGUGGAAUCAGUUUUUUGUGAAUGGAUAUAACUUUCAUACACAGGAAUAUGGCAAGAAUAAGUCAACUAUGAACUAUGGUGUAUGUGUACAAGCUGCUGAUAGAGCUGAUUACUUUGGCAUUUUGGAGGAGGUUAUUGAACUGGUGUACCAUGGUAAUUUGGCUGUUUAUAAGACAAUUUUGUUCAAGUGCAAUUGGAUGGACUCGGACAAGGGAUGA